GAACGUACGAGACACAGCCGGAGAGCCCUCUCCUCCGAUCCCUGUGUCUUAAACAUCAAAUUUUUAUUAUUAUUAUUAUUAUUGUUAUAUUAUUUUUUUUAAUCGCAAAUAAAAAAAGAAAAAAAAAAAAAAACAAUCAAGUGCUACAAAUAUUAUAAAUUGACUUUAUUCAUCUUGUGAUUUAAUUUGAUAAAAAAAUUUUAAAAAAUUAAAACGGAAAAAAAAGAAACAUACGGUUGGAAACAAAAAAAAAAGGAAAAAAAAAAAAAUAUUGAUAAAAGUGAUUAAGACUGAACUCAAGUCUGACUUGUGUGAUUUAAACUUUUUUUUUUUUUUAAAUUAUUAUUGUUAUUGCUAGGUUUUUGAAUAGUCUGAGGUGAAAAUAAAAAUAACAAAUUGACAUAUAAUAAUAUGUAAUCGAUCGGUGUGAAACGUGAAUUUUGAGGUUCUGUUCUUUUUUUUUUUUUUUUGAUUAUUAUUUUGAUUGCGUUGAGAGAGUUUCUUUUUUGGAGUAAAAAAAAAAAAAAAAACGUUGAGCUCUUUUGGUGUAUUUUAUUUAUGAGAAAAAAAAGAAGAAAAAAAAAAAUUAAAUGUGAAUGUUUAUUUGUUAAUUUAUAUAUUUUAAAUUAUCGUGAUAAUAUAUUGUAUCAUUUUAUUUGUUAAAUUAGCUGCUAUAUUGUCAUUUUGAUAUUGAAAAAAAAAAAUUUCUUGAUAAUUAUUUAUAUUUCUUGAGGAAUAAGGCUGAUUAUUGUUUUUUUUUUUUUUUUUUUUUCUAUUGGGAAUUAGUGUGUUGUUAUGGAUUUUAAUUGAAGUUUUAUAUUGGUUUUUUUUUUUUGUCAAUUUUUUUUUUUUUGGUCGUGUAAAGUGGUAAAUUUGACUAGGCCGACGUCAGCUGGUCCUCGGCGUUAAAAAGAGUAUAUUGAGAUAUAGAAAUGGCGGCGCUGGUGGCAGGUGUCCAGUAUGGUUUAUCAACGCAAAGUAAUUUUCAUGAAAAUAAAUCACUUAUAUUUGUUAAAUUAACUGAUUCAGCACAACGUGCUAUUGAAGAUUUUCUUGAAAAUCGAAAUAAGAUUAGCCAGAAUCCAACGAUUCAAUUCUCAGGAAGUGAAGGGAAAUUAUCAUUUCCAUCAACCCAGUCAAGCAAUGGAACAGCAAAAUUUGUAUUUACUUUAUCUAGUAAUACUGACAUUGAGGGUCCCCAAGGAAGCUUUGAAUGUGUCCAACAAACUGAUACAAAAAAUUUGGAAAGUUUGGGUGCAUUACCAUGUAGAAUGCGAAUACAAGCUAAUGAUGAUGUCUAUGAAAAAACAAGACAUAGAAUGGCUGUUUGUGAAGAAAACAACAAAAUUAAAGCCACAAAGGUGAUAAAAUCAAAUGGUCUAGAUAUUGGACGUAAAAUUAAAGUUAAAACAUCAGGAAAAACAUUGACAUCAUUGAAUAGACAUCGUGAACAAUCGAGCAUUCCAACAAGUGUCAGCCAAUCAUCGAGGCUACCAGCCUCAUUAUCCAGUUCACAUUUAUAUAAUAAUUUUUCAUCUUCCACUGCAUUAACGUCGUCAUCCUCAUUGUCUUCUUCAUUAUCAUCAUUAUCAUCAUCAUCAACAUCAUCAGCAACAACAACGACAACAACAACAACAACUUCAUCAUCAUUUCCGGUAUCUUCAUCAUUGUCAAAUGCUUCAAAUACAACAACAUCAACAAAUAAUUACAGACAAAUAUCAAGUAAUCCUCAAGUACGUACACAUCCAGAUAAAAAACUUUCUGAACUUGCUAGAAGGCCACUUAGAGAACGUCUUAUUCAUGUACUUGCAUUAAGAACAUAUAAAAAAGUAGAACUUCAUGAUCGUAUUACAAGAGAAGGAUAUAAAGAACGUGAUAAAUCAACAAUGACAAUGGUUCUUAAACAAAUUGCAACAAUGCAUAAUAAUGAAUAUCAUUUACAUCGACAUGUGUGGAAUGAUGUACAAGAAGAUUGGCCUUUUUAUUCUGAUCAAGAUCGUGCAAUGCUUAAACGUAGAAAACCACAAAAUUUAACACCACCAGGAUCAUCAGAUGGUGGUUCAAGUGGAAGUGGUCAAUCACCAAAUUCAACACAUCCUGGUUCACCACCAGCAAUAUCAGCACCACCACCACCAACAAAUCAAAAACGACCUGGUUUUAGUGUGGGAAAUGAUGGUUUACAAACAAAACGUCCUCGUAUAUCACAUUAUCGUAAACCUGAUCCAUCAUUAUCAUCAUCAUCAUCAGCAUCAAUGACAAAUAAUUAUAAUUAUAAUAAUACAAUGGGAACAACAACAACAGUACGUGAUAAUACACGAAUAACAAAUGGAAAUGGUAAUAGUAACAGUGAUAAUGUAUUUAAAGGAGAUUGUGAAAAUCAAUCAACAACAAGAGGACACAAUAAUCACCGUAAUACUAAUAGUAAUAAUAUUAAUAAUAAUAGAACAAAUACUAGUGAUAUGAUAAAUAAUCGCAGCUAUGGAAUGGAUAAAUUGUCAUUAGGAUUAAUAAGUGACAAUGAAGAUAUAAAUCAACAUACAAAAUAUAAUAAUAACAAUAAUAAUAAUCAUCAUUAUCAUCAGCAGCAACAAUCAAUGAUAACUGGAAAAAAUGAUAAUAAUAGUAGUAAUGGAGAUGGUAAAUCAAAUGGAUCAAUGUAUGUUAAUAGUCCAAAUUGUUAUGAGGAUAGUAAACAUGAUAGAAAUAAUUAUAAUAAUGAUAAAAUUGGUAAAGCUGGUAGUAGUAAUGAUAGAUAUGAUAGAAAAGAUAAAGAUUAUGGUAGAAAUAAUAAUGAUAAAGAACAACGUAGAAGAGAAAGAGAUAAUAAUAAUAUGAAUAAUAAUAAUAAUGAAUUAUCAAAUUUUGGUGCUUCCAAUAAUUCAAAUAAUAUGACACCACCAGUAAUACCAUCUUUAUCACCAAAUGUUGAAAUGAUUGAAAUACCAGAGUAUCCUGAUUAUCGAACUGAAUUUCCACCAAUCGUAAAUGAAGAACAGAGACUACGUUACAAGAAAAAAUUUAAUGAAGAUUAUGAAGAAUACAGAAAACUUCAUACAUACAUUGCCCAGGUACCAAGUCGUUUUGCUGAUCUUGAAGUACGUAGAAGACGUGAACGUGAAAAUCAAGAAAGUCGUGAGGCAAUUGAAAAAAUAAUAAUUGCUGAAUAUAUAGCAACAAAAAAUAAUCGAACGCACAUAGAAGCUAAAAAUCGUUUUAAUUAUUUGCACGAAAAACUAAGUCAUAUAAGAAAUAAAGUUGAUGAAUAUGAUGCACAAAUUAAAUUGGCUGAUAAUAGGAUUAAUAAUGAAAAUAAUGGCACAAUGAACAACAGUGAGGGUAUUAUGAACGGUGGAGAUUUGAGGUACUGACACAUACUCAAAUUUUUUGAUAAGAUCAGUCAAUUGAUCAGUAUCAUUAUUCUGAUUAUUUCAUCAACGAAUAUUAACUGUAAAGUUGCCAUUCUUUACCGGAUAUAAAUAUGCUCAUAUCGUUUUUAUUAAUUAUAUUUUAUUUUCUAUUUUACUUUAUUUUUUUUUUCUUCUUCUUCUUGUUCAAAGUGAACAAAAUAUCACGCACCAUUGAUAAUUAAAUAAAAUGAUAAAUGUUUAAACAAGUGGAAAUGGGAGGGAAAAAAAAAAAAUUAUAUCUAUUAUAUAUUAGUAAGAAAAAACAAAACAAAAAAAUCCAUCCGUAUUGAUUUUUUUUGUGCCAAGAAUUUAACAAAAAAAAAAAAAUAAUAAAAAAAAACGAUUAAAUUUUUAAAUCAAAAUAAAAAUUUAUGAUGUAUAUUUGAGUGUCGUCGUAGGAAAAAAAAAAAAAUCAAUUAAUAUUUUAACACUCACAUGCUUUACAUAAAUAUUCGAGGAAAAUUUUUUUUUUUUUUUUUAUUUUUCAAUCGAAAUAAUGUUACCUGUUGAUCUCGAAUUAAUUUAAUAAUAUCUAUUCAUAUCAGAGAUGGAUUAAAGAGAGAACAAGGGACUUGAAUUGAAAAUAAAAUAUUAAAAAAAAAAAAAAAUAUCCAGUUUAUAAAGAUGAAUUUAAUCGUUUAAAAUUUUUAUUUUCUUCUUUUUUCAAGUUAUACAGUGACGCAACUA